AUGGAUAAGGCAGCUGCAAGACAAAAGUUUUUGGACGAAUUUCCUGCCCUUGUGGCGGAGUUGGAGCAAAUCUUGAAAGGCUACGGGCUUUCUGAGGAGGCUAUCAAGUGGUACCGUGAUUCGCUCAAUUACAACACCCCUGGUGGUAAGUUGAACCGUGGGUUAUCUGUUGUGGACACGUAUGUGAUUCUUAAGGGUUACGGGUCAAUUGUGGAGGUUCCUGAUGUCGAAUACUCGAAGUUGGCGUUAUUGGGUUGGUGCAUCGAGCUUUUGCAAGCGUAUUUCUUGGUUGCUGAUGACAUGAUGGACAAGUCGAUCACCAGAAGAGGCCAGCCGUGCUGGUAUAAACAACCGCACGUGGGUGAGAUUGCAAUUAAUGAUGCUUUCAUGUUGGAGGGUGCCAUUUACGUGCUUCUCAAGAAGCACUUCAAACAGGAUGCCUACUACGUGGACCUCUUGGAAUUGUUCCACGAUGUAACCUUCCAGACGGAGGUUGGUCAGUUGUUGGACUUGAUCACUGCGCCGGAAGACCAUGUUGACCUUUCCAACUUUUCCUUGGAAAAGCAUUCGUUUAUUGUCAUCUUCAAGACGGCUUUCUACUCCUUCUACCUCCCGGUGGCCCUCGCGAUGCACGUCGCCGGUGUCUCCUCCGAGCAGGACUUGAAGCAGGCGCAUGACGUUUUAAUCCCAUUGGGCGAGUACUUCCAGAUUCAGGACGACUUCUUAGACUGCUUUGGUAAGCCAGAGGACAUUGGCAAGAUCGGUACUGAUAUCAAGGACAAUAAGUGUUCCUGGGUCGUCAACACCGCGUUGAAACUCGCCACCCCGGAACAGCGCCACAUUUUGGACACCAACUACGGGAUCAAGAACGACAAGACCGAGGCCGUAUGCAAACAGCUCUUCAGAGAUAUGAAGAUCGACGAGUUCUACCACCAGUACGAGGAGAAGACCGUAACAAAGUUGAGAGAGCAGAUUGCUAAUGUCGAUGAAAGCAGAGGCUUCAAGGGUGCUGUCUUGACCGUCUUCUUGGACAAGGUCUAUAAGCGUACUAAGUAAGCGCAAGCGUAUAGAAAAAUUCUAAUACAUGAAAAUCCGAUUGCUGU